UAUAUUUUGUGGUUGAAAUUGUGUUUAGUUAACUGUUAACACCGAAACCGGUGUCCACCAUUCUGUGGUUGCCGCGUGGCUUUUUAGCAAAAGUCGAGACGUCGCUGCAGAGAUCUAGAAUAAGCCUGUGACGUCAUAAUGAAGAACAGAAGUUCAUCUAUCGUUAAAACAAUGCAGUCUUAAUUAAAACAAUGAAGUGAAUUAGCAGCAAAACGACAAUCGUCAAAACACUAUGGGUAAAAACUACUUGAGUAAAAGUGUUUGAAUAAAAACAAAUUUUGUAUAUUAUUGUGGCGUUAUGUUAGAACAGCGAGGAAGUUUUUGGGUUAUUUUGACAUAUUUAUCCUGGCAUGGCAGAAAAACAUACGUUUUAUAACACGGGUGUCUUAUUUCAUACAUACCGAUAUCACGCAAGCUUACAAGUUACAACAUAUGCAGCUUUAUUAGGCUGACAAUUUGUAAAUUGGUACGAGGUACCUACUACAUUUACAACCUGUUUCAUUUAUAACUAUUAAUAAAAAGAAAAAACUUUAUUUUUCUGCAGGGUUUAAGGUCCACUGAAAUGUUAAAACAUAUUUUACUUUUUGCGUUUGUUGCCACAUUUUCGUUUAGUUUCAUUGCAAGCGUAGCAGAAGCAAACGACACAGAAGUAUCUUUAUUGGUCGUUAUAAGAAGCCAAACCAAUCAGUGGCACCAUGACUUAGCUGAGCAGAGGAAAACCAACCUUGAUCAACAGAUUGCAAAAUCAAGUCUCAACGCACAGGUGUUGCUUCUACACAGAGAAUGGCCGAUAGAACAAGCUUGGGUGAUUCUGCCUAUUGUGCCGGACUUAUCGCGAAAAUACGCCGAUAAUUUUGACUGGGUUAUGUUUAUUGAGGAAGACACACAAGUUGACAUGAAGGUUUUAAUGAAAGAUAUUUUGCCCAAGUAUAACCGUGAGGACAAACUAUUCAUGGGAAGAUGCUUAUUUGAUAAUUUUCCCACCAUCAUCCAUCACUAUGCUUUCUUCGAUGGGAAAGUUAAAGAUUUUAAAUAUCCUGACUUCGACUCCGGUUGGCUAAUGAGUCGAGCAUUGCUAAAAGUCGUGGCUGUCGAAUACGAUGGCAACGAUCAAAACAUGGACUUCCAGAUCGAUGUGAAACAUGAGAUAGCUAUGUACAUGGACAAGAACAUCGGGGUGAAGUUGACUUGCGUGCCGGGGUUGUGUGGCGGGGUAAAGGGUGAUGUAUGCGCUACGUUUGUGGACCCCACGCUGCACGACUGUGGGCAUGAGGUUAGCUUAGAUGAUGUUCAAAUCAGUGUUAAAACUACAAAGAAGUUUCAUAAGGAUCGUGUACAAGUAGUGAAAAAAACAUGGGGACCAUACGUUAAACACAUCACUUACUACAGCAAUGUUAGCGACCCUACUGUACCAACAAUAGACUGUGGGGUGCAAAACACACCUACUGGACAUUGCGGCAAAAUGGAAGUUAUUAUUAAAGAUUUCUAUAAAAAAGAUGAAAUGAAACAUUUAAAAUGGCUCGUUAUCGCGGAUGAUGACUCAAUUAUUGGGGUGUCUCGAAUGGUAAAGUUACUAAACUGCUAUAAUCACAAUUCCCCCAUUGUAUUGGGCGAGAGAUAUGGGUAUGGCCUUAACAAGGGAUACGGGUAUGGAUAUAUAACUGGUGGGGGAAGUAUGGUUAUGAGUAGGGGGGCGGUAAGUGCUUGGUUCAAACAUGAAUGUAGUUGCCCAAGUAUCAGUACACCUGAUGACAUGUAUUUAGGACAAUGUUUUUCAUUCAAUGUUGGGGUGCCUGUCGUUCAUUCUCCUUUGUUCCACCAAGCGAGGCCGGUGGAUUAUUCGGAUGGUUACCUCUCCAACCAACAACCCAUAUCGUUCCAUAAACACUGGGAAAUAAACGCGUAUGAUGUUUACAACGAAUGGUUCGCCGACGAUGACAAGGAAAUGUACGGAACAAAACAAGCGACUUCAACAGCCCCCCCUACAGCGCAAACAGCGACUCCAACAGCCCCCCCUGAGGCACAACCACAGCCAAUACCCCCAACCCCAACUGAGUCGCAAAUUAAAGACGAACUUUAAAUUAUUUGCAGUAAAAUGAUAUCAAAAGUUCAAUUUUUGCAUUUUUUCUAAACAUUGUGCAUUUGCGGAAAUUUGGCAAUCAUAUUUGAAAUUAAAUUUUCGACUUUAAUGCAGUUUUAUUGAAGCUUUUCUGUUGAAAUUAAGUUACACCCUUUAGUACAAGUAACCUGUUAGAUUAAAUUGUAUUAUAGUUUGCAGUUCAGUGUUCUUAAGUCAAAAUCUUUGUAUUUUUUCAUUGCUUACAGGCUUCGAAAGCAUAUCAGAUAUGUGUUUGUUAUUUCAUGCUUGAAUUUGUUGGUGUUAUUGCAGUUUCCACAGAUUAUACCAUAGUAUUUGCUUUCUAUGUCAAACGGGUGGUUCGUAUGAAUUAUAAUACUUGCUUGUUCAAAUUCCAG